GGUCUGCUAUAGGAUAGGGCUGUUGAAAUCCUCUCUAUGAUUUUCGAUUAUUUUGUCAUUUCAAUUAAUUACAGUAGGUGAAAGUGAUUAAUCAUCGUGACUCAUUCAAUCUUAUUAGGCACAAUGGAUUUCAAAGGAGGAGAGUACAGCUACAGAUGCCACAGUGGAUCCAGACCAGUCCAGAUUCAGCCAAACACUUGGAUGGUCAAGGACAAGACAACUCAGGGUCUAUGACACAUUCUCAACAUCAAGGACCAAUCAUGGACAUCUGUGAUUGGCCAAUCUAUGGACCAGAUGAAGCUGAAGACAUCAUUGAAGAAAAGUACCAGAUUCAGCAUAACAUGGAUAAUCAGGGAGGAGAGUACAGCUACAGAUGCCACAGUGGAUCCAGACCAGUCCAGAUUCAGCCAAACAACAUGGAUGGUCAAGGUCAAGACAACUCAGGGUCAAUGACACAUUCUCAACAUCAAGGACCAGACAUGGACAUCUGUGAUUGGCCAAUCUAUGGACCAGAUGAAGCUGAAGACAUAAUUGAAGAAAAGUACCAGAUUCAGCAUAACAUGGAUAAUCAGGGAGGAGAGUACAGCUACAGAUGCCACAGUGGAUCCAGACCAGUCCAGAUUCAGCCAAACAAAAUGGAUGGUCAAGGUCAAGACAACUCAGGGUCAAUGACACAUUCUCAACAUCAAGGACCAGACAUGGACAUCUGUGAUUGGCCGAUCCAUGGAUCAGAUGAAGCUGAAGACACCAUUGAAGAAAAACACCAGAUUCAGCAUAACAUGGAUAAACAGGUUGUAUAUUUGGACCACAAUUAUUCAAAACAUCGAUUUGAAAUUAUAGUGCUAAAGCCAGAGGUUCUGAUUGAAGAAGAAGAACACCAACAACAUGAAGGAAUAGUGAAAGAAGAGGAGAUUCAGCAAGAAAAUGAUACAGGCAUACAGAUUGAAAGCAUCUAUUCUCUUUCAACAGAUAGACUGAACUGUGACCCCUUUAUACCUGAACACAUGAAAGUAGAAAAUGUAGAAGAAUCUUAUGAAACACACUCAGAAACAUUAGUGGAUAUUGAAGACAAUUAUUCUGAUACAAUAUUUACAAAUUCUGAAAGUAUAAGAAUACCAACAGGACUAUGUAUAUCAAACUCUGUCAGACAAGGAGGUUUAAGCUCCAUCAAUAGAUCAGUUGAUGAAACUCUUGGGAACACUUCGAUCAACGAUUCUGAUGAAGACCUCAAUGAGGUUGACUUAUUAAUUAAAAAUGCAAGAAAGAUUGUGAUUGAUGUAGCAAGUGAUAGUGAAUUAACUGAAUGUCAGUUGUGUGGUGAAGCAUUCAGCAACAUCAGAGAAUUAAAUCUUCAUUGUAGAAUACACACAGCUGGGAAACAACAUAAGUGCAAGUACUGUAACUACAAAACAAAAAAUAAAGCAAAUCUCAUCAAACAUAUAAGGAUUCACACUGGAGAAAAACACUACAGCUGUGAUUUCUGUGACUACAAAGCAACAGAGAAAUCAUCUCUCACCAAACAUUUAAGGAUUCACACUGGAGAGAGACCCUACAGAUGUGAUUUCUGUGACUACAAAGCAACAGAGAAAUCAUCUCUCACCAAACAUAUAAGGAUUCACACUGGAGAGAGACCCUACAGCUGUGAUUUCUGUGAUUACAAAGCAAUAAAAAAAUCAAAUCUCAUCCAACAUAUAAGGAUUCACACUGGAGAGAGACCCUACAGCUGUGAUCUCUGUGACUACAAAGCAACAGUGAAAUCAUCUCUCACCAAACAUUUAAGGAUUCACACUGGAGAGAGACCCUUCAGCUGUGAUUUCUGUGACUACAAAUCAAUACACAAGUCAUCACUCAACAGACAUCUGAGGACGCACACUAAAGAAAGACCCUAGAGCUGUGAUUUCUAUGACUACAAAACAAAUCUAAAAAAAAGUCAAGGAAACACACUUGCAAUAAACUUUGAAAUACAAUUUUUCCAUACAAAAUCUCUUACAAUCCAAAACAACAUUCGAAUACUAAAAAUAUUUAACUGAUUUCUGAGGCCCCAUAACUCUUACAACAGCUCAACUCUCAAAACUCUGAACCAUUCAUUAACAUAGAAAAUAUAUUAAUAAUUUUAUCAAUUUUCAUUUACAUAGAAACUCUGUCAAUCAGAAAUCAAUCUCAGACAUAAUACUUCAAGAAAGUUUUAAAAUGUUAAUGUCUUGCCCUUCUUAUCAUCUGCAUGAUUCAUCAAUUUUCUAUCUGAAUAUUUUUAUUUUAUUUAGCUGAAUCACUGUACAUACUACUAUAUAAAUAUUCCCAGAUUUGUUUUUCUAGUCAGUACAAUUUGUAUUCAUAUUUUUGGAAUAUUUGUGCAAUAAAGUAUAAUAGUCUUCAAAUAAAA